AUGACGGAACCACUCGAAUCCAUUAAUGGCGGAAAGGCGUGGUAUUACUGUUCCAAACCCAUGGUCCUCGGUGAAGCUCCGAUUUAUCGAGCCAGCGACUCAACACUGCACUGGGUGGACUGUCUGUCCGAGCCCCCAGAGCUCUACAUCCUCAAGGUAGAUUCACAAACUGGCGAUGCAAUUGGGGAUGCUCGUGUUCUUCCCCUCGAAGAUAGCGUAACUGUUGCAUUCUUCCGCAAAAAUCGACCUGGCAGUUAUAUUGCCGCCUACUACCAAGGAGUGUGCUUCUUGGACGAGGCCACGGGCCAUUUCGAGGUAGUCAAAGAAAUCAUUCCAACCAGCCAGCGUGACGAGCUCCGCUUCAACGAUGGAGGAAUCGAUGCAAAGGGGCGGUUCUGGCUGGCGGAGAUCGAUAAGCGAGCGAUGGCAUUUGGACCCAAUCAACUUCCGGCCAGCUACGGAACACCCAAAGGCCGACUGUGGAGAUAUGAUCCGGAUGGGAGCUUGCAUUUGAUGAUUACAGAGGGGAUAGUUUGCGGAAACGGGCUCGCAUGGAGUCCAGAUAACAAAACCAUGUACUUCAAUGACUCGGUCGCGAUGAUGGUCUUUGCAUUCGACUUUGAUCUGGAGAGCGGCAAUAUCUCAAACAAACGACUUCUUGUGGAUAGACGCGCGUCAUAUGGGGAGCCGGAUGGCAUGGUGGUCGAUUCCGAGGGAAAUCUUUGGAUAGCUGUGUUUGCAUCCCAUCGAAUUAUGGUAUUUUCUCCAGAAGGCAAGCACCUGAAAGACGUCGUAGUAACGGCCAAGAACCCAGCCUGCACUACAUGGGGAGGGAAAAACCAUGAUAUCAUCUUCAUGGCUAGCGGAAAAGAUCGUACAGCCAACCCGGAACCGAAUGAUGAGGGCGGGCAUAUGUUCAAGUAUCAUCCUCGAGAUGCACAUGGGUAUCCAAAGUAUGAGUUUGAAGGGUAG